UUUUCGAGGAGCCUGUGUGUCGAUAUUCUGAAGCAAUAGGUUUCGUACUUGCUCAUAGAACCAAAUGUCUAAUUUGUUGUGCAUAAGCAAGUUGAUUAUUUUACAACUUUUCGUGGCUAUAAAUAUAACUCAAAAAACAUAGUUUAUAUCACACAUUAAUUAAUAACAGAAAACAGAGUUUUGCGAUUUCUUAAUUCCUCAUUUGACAUUAAUUUCCAUACAAGUUGUGUGCUCAAGUAUUUUCUGUUUUUUGUUUCUUUCAAGAAAAUGCCAGUAUUUCGCAAAGAUCCUUGUGGAAUUAUUUGCAUUUUUAUGACAUACUUAGCUGUCUUUUACGCCGAUUAUGUCGUUGUGAGAUGGAUUGUUAUCCAAACGCUGCACAAUAGCCUUUGGGGUGCUUUUCAUGCAGUAGUUUUCAACUCCAUAAUUUUACUUCUCACCUUUUCACAUCUACGUACUGUGUUUUCUGACCCUGGAAUAGUUCCUCUACCCCAGAGCAAACUGGAUUUUGCUGAGCUUCACACAGGAACGCAAAAAGAACCGACAAGCAAAGAUGACUACACUGUCUGUGCACGCUGUGAAACGUACCGUCCCCCUAGAGCUCAUCACUGUAGGAUUUGUCAGAGAUGCGUACGCAGAAUGGAUCAUCAUUGCCCAUGGGUAAAUAAUUGCAUAGGACAAUAUAAUCAGAAGUACUUCCUCCAGUUCCUGUUCUAUGUGGGAAUUUUAUCUGCCUACGCUGUGAUUCUUGUUAUUUUUUCCUGGAUUCAAGAUUGUGCUGAUUGUCAUAAGGAUAAAGUGACAACUCAGACAAGGAUUUUACACUCAAUCAUACUCGUCGUGGAAAGCGGACUGUUCGGUUUAUUCGUGACGGCCAUUAUGUGCGAUCAGUUGCAGGCAAUUUUUGGCGACGAGACGGCUGUUGAACAAGCAAAACAGCAAGGACCUUUCAGGCCGAGAAAACCUCGACUAGCAUUGCUUACCGAGGUAUGUGGUCGCGGGAGUCCAAUUUUCUGGGUUCUACCUUGUCAGUCACCGCCCAAAGAUUUAGAUUUAAUAUCUGGAUACGAUGUCUAAUUCAGUACCUCGCAUUUCUCCAUGUUUGUUCAUGAAAUGCAUUCCCCAUAAUUGUGCAAUAUUUAUUUUCUUUUUUCUACAUGCCCUUCUUACAAUUGAGUGUAGCUGUGUCCUGACCUUCCCUUCCAAAGCAACAUGACUGGUAUCGCUCUAUCACAUAACAGCGAUGAAUUAACUUUUUAUCAUGAAAUCAACUGGAUAAAAACAAACAAAUUAAAUAAUAAUAAAAAAAAAAAAAAAAAAAAAUAUUAUAAAAGAACACCCUCCUAUACUGAUGUCUAUUGUGGUUUGUUGUUUUGGAGAAAGAGAAUGCUUUAAAACCUAUUACAGAGUACAGCAAUAUUUCUAUUAGUUUGCAGAAUUUUCUAUUUGCCACCAAGAAUACAUUGAUAAACAGUGAA